AUGGAUUUAAAUGAGACGAAUGGUGGUACUAUUGAUUUGACACAGUUAAAUGACCACGAACUUUUACAGCUGUUAGAAAGUGAGAACGAUUUGACACCAGAGUUGCGAGAACUGUUAGAAGAAUACCCCAACGAUCUUCCUUAUGCUGUGGGAGAAAAAUGCGCUAUUCCUUUUCAGUAUAAAUCCUACACUGUCCUAUUACCAGCUAUCAUUCUCGGCUACAACGACAACAGCUCGCAGCAGUAUGCUCAAGUACUAAUUUUGAUACCCAUCACUACGGAGACGAUACCGUGUCCGAAGCAGCUUGAAAGAGGAACGAACGACUGCAAUCAUGGCGAACAUUGUCCGUAUCUUCACGAUGGUUAUACGGUACCUGCUGAUUUUCUUUUGCCAUUCGAAAUACUUGAGCAAGAAAAUAUGUUGGAACAAUUACAAUAUGGUAGAAAAGUAUGGUGCAAAGAGGAUCGAAACGAAACGACGGCUUGGCAGUUAGGAAAGAUUAUCGAUCAGACGUACGGACCACGCUGGCGUGUUCACCGUAGUAUGAGAAAGGUGAGAAAGCGUACCAUUAGUGUGGACAUAGAACAUAUUUUGCCCUUCAAAACACUGGAGGGAAACGACGAGAAUGAUAUAGAAGAUGACACAGAAGACCCUGCAAUUUUCAAGACACCGACGAUAGUAAGUGAUGAGUUCGGUAGCUGGCAAGCUCAUACCACUGGAUUUGCUACAAAAAUGAUGGAAAAGAUGGGUUAUGUUGCAGGACAAGGUUUAGGCGCAUCGGGAGAAGGGCGUGUUGAACCCAUUCAAGCCAAACCCUACGGCAAAAUAAGGUUCCUCAAAGGGGGAGAUCAGAGUCGCCCUGGUUUGGGUCUAAACCAUACUAAAGAGAACGAAGAGCGGGGAAAGGCGAAACGAAAUAAGCAAAAGAAGGCUAAGCAGCAACAGGCAAAGGAAAAAGAAAAAGCAGAAGAUGAAACUGACAUGUUUACUUUCAUGAACACGUUGUUGAAAGAGGACGAAACCAAAGCAGUCAAACCAAAGGCAGAAACAACAGCAGAACGAAAAGCGAAAACUCCAAAAGAUGCAAGAGAGGCAAAUCAAAUGAUAGCCAAAAUAAGUUCGGAUGUGGAUAAAGCACAAUAUAACUAUGUGCAUGCGAAUGAGGCCUACAGACGAAAUAAAGGAACACCUUUCGAAACACAAUUUCAUACCAAAUUAAAAGCUGCAACACAAACUUUGCAAGCAUUAAAAAAGCAAAAGGCAGACUUAGAAAGACACGCUAAGGCGACAAAAGCCAAAAAAGAUAUGUAUACAUUCUAG